ACUUAUCGCAGAAGAAGCACAUGAAGUUUUAAAAAGAUUGCAAGAAGGAAAGAAGCUUUGUAGUGAUUCUAGUAUCCUGAUGUCGGAAGUGUGGUACUGCUUUCAAGAAACAUUUAUAGAAAGUGGCUUGGAGGUAUAUCAGUUACGUCAGUUAGUAGAAAUACCACUAAUUCAAAAAUCGGAUGCUGAAAAAAAUGCUGAAAAAAGUCAGCAAGUUAUGAAUGAAUUGUUUGAAAGAACUAAAGAUCAAUAUUAUUAA